GAGUGAUUACAUUUGAAUUAAAUUACUCAAAGUUUGCACGGGCAAUAUAAAUAUUUGUUGGAAAACAUAUACAAUAUCUAAUGCUUUUAGCUAAGACUUAAUUGCGAAUAAAAAAGCUGAUCUUGAUUGGGACCUGAUUAUACAUCUGUGCACUCGUGUGUGUUUUUUUUAAUCGAAUUUUUGAAACAUUGUAAUGAUGCAGCGAUUCACUAUUGACUACCUCACAGGAAAUAUGGGCAGUUCAUACCCGGAGCCCAAUGGUUCUUCGGAUGCUGAGAUACAUGUUGCUAACCAUGACGGUCUACUUACACACAUUGGUUCCAACUAUCUUCACACUAGUCUCCACUUAGAAGAUGUGUAUAGCAUCAUCAACAAGGACACAGAAACAAUCUCCGCCAACAAGCACGUGAUGUCUCCUCUCGCAAUAGAUUCUAACUACGCUACAGUUGGAAGCGAAACUUCUCCACUUGUCGCAGACUCGAGUUAUGUCUCCAUUGGAAGUGAAACGUCUCCACUUUCGUCCCCACCAACGAACAGUGCAGGGUCAGAAAGCGAAGUUUCUUCAGUAUCGUCACCAGCACAGGACAGCACAGAAAAUGAAUACCAUUAUACACUAGAAAGGGCAACACCAUCUCCAAAUAAGGACAGCGGAAUCGAAUCUGACAACUCCCCAGUAUCCAGCUAUACAACAGAAAAUGUUAACAAGAGUUUGCGGGAACUUGAGAAGAAAGCAGACAAAAUAAAGGCAUCAAAGACCACCACGACUGACAAGCCAUCCCACUCGUACAUUGCUCUUAUCGCCAUGGCGCUUCUCGACUCACGUGACCGGAAGAUGACAUUGGGCGACAUCUAUCGACAUAUUAUGGAUAAUCAUCCAUACUACAACAAUGAAGAGAAAGCAUGGCGCAACAGCAUCCGAUACAAUCUAAGCAUUAAUGAAUGCUUCAUCAAAGCGGGAAAGGAUGAACUUGCAGGAAAAGGCAACCUGUGGGGAAUCCAUCCAGCCUGCCUCGAAGACUUCAAAAAUGGAGACUUCCGGCGGCGACAGGCACGCAGAAGAGCAAAGAAAACACUUAGAGGCAUUGGACCUGCCGACUCAAACUCGGCAUCAGAAUAUUCAGCUCGUAUCAGCUCAGCUUAUCAAACUAUGACACCAUCAUAUGUAAACUACCAUCCUUAUGCUGCUUCCGGUUUAAUGCAACGUCAACAACAAAUGACAGAUUACACACAUGCGUAUAACGGACAUAUUCCAAUGCCGUCUGCUUCAUAUUACAACACACUUGGACAUUACCCAGCAGCGCAGUAUACAUCAAUGGGCAUGUCGAACUAUUCUCAACCAACAUAUGACUAUAUUCAACAGUUUCCACGUGGUUAUUCGGGGUAUGAAGUUACCAACGCAACAGGAACGGACAGUGCUGCCAAAAGCAGACAUGAAGAGUCAGGACUAAAAUAUUACCCUUAUUCCACCACAGACAGUAUGCCAUCUCCAAACGACAGCGUUCCUUCCAACAAUAACAUAGAAAUCUUGUAAAGAUAUCACAAUUGUAAAAAUGUGCUUUUUACCAUAAUGUGCAUAUGUGCUAUGUAUAUACCGAUGUAUAAAUACUGUACAUAGAAAGACCAGAAAAAUCAGAAAGCCUGUCAAUUGGAAGAAUGGAAGAUUUUAUUUCUUAACAACUCAAACCUCUUAGAAUUUUUACUGAGACUACGAAAACGAUUUUAUGUUACCUGUAUUGUUUUAUAAUUUUUAUUUGUUUGCACUGAUUUUUAAGUUUUCAAAUUUUAAUGAUUAUAAAAAUAAACUUUGCAAAAAGUGUUGAAUAAAUGUAUAUAAUUCUAA